AUGGCCACAUCGCGAUCCCCUAUUCGCACGAGGUCGGGGAACAGUCAAGAGGAGCCACGUGCUCAGCAGGAAGAGGACAACUGGAUAACUGCCCUAGCAUUUAAGUCAGUCCCGCCGUUUAUGAAAGAAGAACCAGAAUUCUGGUUUAUUCAGGCGGAAGCGGCGAUGAAAACGGCAAAAAUCGCCAACGACGAGGGAAAAUAUUUUUUCCUGCUGUCGCAACUCCGCCCCGAAAUUUUGAGAUACGCAGCGGACAUUGUGAGGACACCGCCUGCUUUGAACAAAUACGACACCUUAAAGCAGCGGUUAUUAGACUUGUACGAUCAAACGGAAGAAGCAAGAGUCCGUCAAAUCCUGAAGACAUGCAGGAUGGGUGACGAAAAACCAUCCCAUUACGUGCACAGACUGAGGAGUUUGGCGGGAGGAAGACUGGAGGAAAGCUUGUUAACAUCCAUAUUCCUAGCACAAGUGCCCCAAAACCUGCACGAUAUUUUGAUGGAUAUCGAGAACAAAGACCUAACGAAGCUGGCCACAAUAGCGGACAUGGUGAUGGAGAUACAGACGCCACACGCGGCGCCGAUAACCCACGGAAACAUGGCGACUUCCUUUCUGCACCAACGACCGGAAGCGCCAAGAAUGGACGCGAGCCAGUUCCUGGUGUCUCAAAUGGCGGAAAUCCUGAGGCGAUUUACGGCGUUGGAAGUGCGAGAAACGCAGCGGGAGCAGCAACCUAGAUGGAGAGGCCGUUCAGGGGCCCGUUCCAGAUCUCGUUCCAGUUCCGCAGGACGGACCACGGGCCACUGCUACUACCACCGACGUUUCGGAGCAAAAGCAUACCGAUGCUCAAUCCCAUGCGCGUGGAAGCCAAAACCGGGUGAAACUAACAUCCCCACAAUCGCACCGCCAGCGGAAAACUAA